AUGUCUGACAUUCCCCCUCCACAAUCCAUGGUGCCCCCUGGUAGUAGCCCAUCUUACCCUGAAUUAUGCUACAACAACACUGGAAAUGCCUUCACAUGUGAUAAUGUUGGUGCUUGGGCAGUCUCAUCCAGGCAUUUGCAAAUCUUUUUGGGUCGAACAUGGGGACAGUCUUGGAUACCAGCACUCUGCACUCUGGCCUUCGGGUCCCACAGAGGCACUCCCCCACUCUUGCCAUCUGGUUCUCACCUUGCUCUGCGUGAGGUACCAAGUACCAAUGUGAUCGAUCCUGCAUUUCUCCCCCUGCCUUACUCUGAUGAUAUGGACUUGACUGACCCUACCACUAUUGCGGAGGCCCACGGCUAUGCUCCAGCCACCAAAAUAGCCGGUGCACGUCACAAGGCCAAAGCCCCAAGGGGCAAAGGCAAGGAGAAGGAAAAUGCUGCAUAUGCUAACCCAAAGAAAUGUUCUCAAGAGGAUGGAGAUAAGGAUGAUGAAGUGGAAGUGCGAGUGAGACGAGGCUGCCCUCAAGGCUCUAACAACUACACCACCUUGGAUGUUAAAAGUCUCCUUGAUGUGUUUGGCCAAUGGGCCAAGUCGAACCACCAGCCUGAACACAAAGUUACUUCACUUGAGACAAAGUUCAAGCAGUUGGUGAAGACUAUGAAGCCAACUGGAGAUGAUAUGUGCCCUCCAGAAGUUACACAUGCCCAUCACAUUGAACAACUCAUCAACGAGUGUGCAGGAACCCAUGACCUGCAUGACACAGAUUAUGAUGCUAUUGAAGAUGAUGACGGUCACUCUGUCACCUCCAAUCAGAUCCAGGAUGAGCAUACAUCCCCCCCAAUUCAGCACACAGCUAUUGCCCGCACCACUGCUCACACAGAAGCCCCUGUUCCACAUCACAAUACUUAA